AUGCAGCUUUUCCUGGUGAUAGCAGCUCUCAUGGGAGUCCUGUUCAAUGUCAGAGCAGCCUCCGUGGUUCCUGUCGAUGAUAGGAGUCCCAUGCACGUCAACAGGGAGUUGAGCAAAGAUCGCAAAGAGCUGAUCUUGAAGCUGGUGUCGGGCUUGUUAGACGGAGCGUUGGACACCAACAUGCUGCCCGGUGAAGCAACGCCCCUGGAGCUGGAGGAGCCUCUGGAGUCCCGUCUGGAGGAGCGGGCAGUCUACAACCGGCUAUCACUGCCCCAGCGUGACCGCAAAGCCCCCUGUAAAAACUUCUUCUGGAAAACUUUCACCUCCUGCUAA